AUGCCGGAAUGGAAGAAGGAUGCUUUCGGGAAAACUCCGACUUUUGGACAGAGAUCAAAGCUCUCUAUGCAGGAGCAAAGGGAGAGCCUUCCUAUAUACAAGCUGAAAAAGGAGUUGAUACAGGCUGUGCAUGAUAACCAAGUUCUGGUGGUCAUUGGUGAGACUGGGUCUGGUAAGACGACACAGAUGACUCAGUAUCUUGCCGAAUCAGGUUACACCACAAAAGGAAAGAUUGGGUGUACUCAGCCUCGUAGGGUCGCCGCGAUGUCUGUUGCCAAGAGAGUAGCUGAGGAGUUUGGUUGUCGUUUGGGAGAGGAGGUAGGGUAUGCGAUUCGGUUUGAGGAUUGUACUGGACCAGAUACGGUGAUCAAGUACAUGACUGAUGGUAUGCUUCUUAGGGAGAUUCUGACUGAUGAAAACCUCUCUCAAUACUCUGUUAUCAUGCUUGAUGAAGCUCACGAGCGGACAAUUCACACUGAUGUGCUGUUUGGUCUUCUGAAGAAGCUGUUGAAACGCAGGCUUGACCUUCGUUUGAUAGUCACGUCUGCCACAUUGGAUGCAGAGAAGUUCUCUGGGUAUUUCUUCAACUGCAACAUUUUCACAAUCCCUGGAAGAACCUUCCCUGUUGAGAAACUCUACACCAAACAGCCAGAAACCGAUUACUUGGAUGCAGCUCUCAUCACAGUUCUUCAGAUCCACUUGACUGAACCAGAGGGUGACAUUCUUGUGUUUUUGACGGGACAGGAAGAAAUCGAUUCUGCUUGCCAGUCUCUGUACGAGAGAAUGAAGAAUCUAGGUAAAAACGUUCCUGAACUCAUCAUUCUUCCUGUUUACAGUGCCCUUCCUAGUGAAAUGCAGUCUAGAAUCUUCGAUCCUGCUCCUCCUGGUACACGGAAAGUGGUUGUGGCUACAAACAUUGCAGAAGCUUCUUUGACGAUAGAUGGGAUUUAUUAUGUUGUUGAUCCCGGGUUUGCGAAGCAGAACGUGUAUAACCCAAAGCAAGGGCUAGAGUCGCUAGUCAUAACUCCAAUCUCACAGGCGUCGGCGGAGCAGAGAGCUGGACGUGCUGGUCGUACUGGUCCUGGUAAAUGUUACCGUCUCUACACUGAGAGCGCAUUCCGUAACGAGAUGCCUCCUACAUCAAUCCCUGAAAUCCAGAGGAUUAAUCUCGGAAUGACAACGCUGACCAUGAAAGCAAUGGGGAUCAACGACCUGUUAUCGUUUGACUUCAUGGAUCCACCGCAGCCGCAAGCUUUGAUCUCUGCUAUGGAACAGCUGUACAGCCUGGGAGCGUUGGAUGAGGAAGGAUUGCUGACAAAGCUAGGUAGGAAAAUGGCGGAGUUUCCUCUUGAACCGCCGCUCUCUAAAAUGUUGUUGGCUAGUGUGGAUCUCGGGUGCAGCGAUGAGAUAUUGACGAUGAUUGCGAUGAUCCAAACGGGCAACAUAUUCUACAGACCGAGGGAGAAGCAAGCUCAAGCAGACCAAAAGAGGGCCAAGUUUUUCCAGCCUGAAGGUGACCACUUGACAUUGCUAGCUGUAUAUGAAGCUUGGAAGGCUAAGAACUUCUCAGGUCCGUGGUGUUUCGAGAACUUCAUACAGUCACGAUCUCUACGGCGUGCUCAAGACGUGAGGAAACAACUUGUCAGCAUUAUGGACAAGUAUAAGCUAGAUGUGGUGAGUGCUGGGAAGAAUUUCACCAAGAUAAGGAAAGCAAUCACAGCAGGAUUCUUCUUCCACAGAGCAAGGAAAGAUCCACAGGAAGGUUACAGGACGCUGGUGGAGAAUCAAGCGGUUUACAUACAUCCGAGCAGUGCUCUGUUCAAAGGCAGCCCGACUGGGUGA